AUGGUGGAGAAAGAGCAGGCAAGACCGCUAGCCCCGGCCGGCUAUCGCCCCAGCAGUGACGACAAUGAAGCCGUCCUUCUCAUGAAAAGAGCUCGAAAACAGAAGUUCAUCAACUGCUGCGGUUGCGUAACAGCGAUAGUACUAAUCCAAGCCGUGGUGAUCAUAAUCCUAGCUUUCACUGUGUUCCGAGUCAAGGAGCCGAAGAUCAAGAUGAACAAAGUCACAGUCACGAAGCUCGAGCUCGUCAAUGGCACCACCCCAAAGCCGGGAACCAACAUCUCGUUAACGGCUGAUGUUUCGGUAAAGAAUCCGAACGUGGCUUCGUUCAAGUACAGCAACACCACCACCACGUUGAAUUAUCACGGAAUGGUGGUGGGGGAGGCUAGAGGGCCGCCGGGACGAUCCAAGGCCCGACGGACCAUGAGGAUGAACAUCACGGUGGAUAUUAUCACUGACAAGCUCACCACCAACCCGAACAUGAAGACGGACGUGGAUUCCGGGCUGUUGACGAUUAGCAGCUAUUCUAGGAUUCCGGGAAGGGUGAACAUGCUCAAUAUAGUGAAGAAGCAUGUGGUUGUGAAGAUGAACUGUACUAUGACGGUUAAUAUUUCUAGUCAAGCGAUUCAAGAACAAAAAUGCAAGAGGAAGGUUGAUCUGUAGGUGGGUUUCAUUUGUAGUUU